AUGCCCGCCGGCUCGCUCGUUCCGACCAUUUCCCUUCCCUUUCUGUCUGUCUUGCCCCUUCUGCGCGCAGCAACUGGAGCAGAUCAAGCGGCUGCCACCGCCGUGGUUCCCGCGAAGGUGCGAGUGGGCGCGGUGGUGCUCGUCGGCUCACUCGUUCCGACCUUUUCCCUUCGCUUUCUGUCUGUCUUCGCCCUUCUCCGUCUGACGUGCUCGCAGCGACGGCAGCAGCCAAAGAAGUGGUGCCCGCGAAGUGUCUCUAAGAUCAACGCAUCAGUGAAGUCCAUCCGCGUUGAAUUUCUAAUUUACUCAAAAGCCCCUCCCACGUGCCCCUCCCCUCCCCCUGUGCGUUACCACCAAGAUAAUACCACCAAGAUAAGUCCAUCAGUGAAGUCCAUUCGCUGCGUGCUUGACAACAUCUGCAGCCGUGUCAAGUGCCCAGCACACUCCACGUGCAUCAAGACAAAGGAUGACCAGGAGUGCCCAGCACACUCCACGUGCAUCAAGACAAAGGAUGACCAGGAGGUGACGUUUGAGUCGACUCAAAGUUAA